AUGGCGGAGAAACGAGCACAUGACGGCGAGUCGACUGGACCUGUGAAGAAGCAGAAGAAAGGGUUCCAGAUUGGUCCUGCUAAUCUGCCCGACGGCACGCAUAGGCGCAAAGUGAAGAAGAUCAAGGAGAACAUUAUUUACAAGGUGAAGCUCAAGAAGCAGUAUGCCAAGCUGAAGGCUCAGGAGGAGGAUUCAGAAGGUGCGCCGCGCAAAUCUGUAUACGAGCGCGAAGCAGAGGCCAAUGUCGACAAUGACGCGUCUCCCGAACCCGUACUAGAACCCACACUCGAACCCCACCCCGACCGCGUGAAGAUGCUCGAAGAGCCCGAGAAGGAGAUUCCAGUAUCGUCCUUCGAUCGACGGCAGAGGCGGCAACGGGCAGAUCCGUUCCAGAAAGAGGCUGAGAUUGCACGCAAGAAGAAGGAGCAAGCAGAAGCACGGCAGAAGGCACAAGAGGAAGCAGAUAGCGAGCGCACAAAGAAAGUUGCUGAGCGUGAGCGCUUCAGAAAAGCCAUGGCGAAGGCCAGAGGAGGCCCCAACGGGCAGAGGAAGCUUGGGCGGGAGAGCAAGGUCCUGCUGGAGAAGGCGCAGAGGCUCAUGGGCAAAUCUUGA